GCCCCGCCUCCCGCGUCCGCGGCCGGGCGGAAGGACACGCGCUCCGGUCCAGGGAGGGAGACUCGUACCCCUAGGCGUGCGCCCCGCGGUCCCUGCGCCCCCGGGCGCCCCCUCCCCGCCCUCCCGGCAUGGAGCCUGCGGGGCGCCCCCGGGACCGGGUCCCCAGGAUCGAUCCGUACGGGUUUGAAAGGCCCGAAGACUUUGAUUAUGCAGCUUAUGAGGAGUUUUUUUCCGCCUACCUGGUGAUACUCACUAGAAGAGCGAUGAAAUGGUCCAAACUUUUGAAGGGGGGCGGAGGUGUCCAAAAGAGCGGUACAGUGAAGCGCUAUAUCCGGAAAGGUGUCCCCCUGGAGCACCGGGCCCACGUCUGGAUGGGGGUGAGCGGAGCCCAGGCCCGGAUGGACCAGAACCCCGGCUAUUACCACCGGCUACUGCAGGGAGAGUGCAGCGGCAGGCUGGAGGAGGCCAUCCGGACAGAUAUGAACAGGACCUUCCCGGACAACGUGAAAUUCCGGAAGAGCGCGGAUCCCUGUUUACAAAAGACCCUGUACAACGUGCUGGUGGCCUAUGGGCGCCACAACCAAGGUGUGGGGUACUGCCAGGGAAUGAACUUCAUAGCAGGCUACCUGGUCCUCAUAACCAAGAGCGAAGAGAAAUCCUUUUGGCUGUUAGACGCGCUCGUGGGAAGAAUACUGCCUGAUUACUACAGCCCUGCCAUGCUGGGCCUGAAGACAGACCAGGAGGUCCUGGGGGAGCUGGUGAGGACCAAGCUGCCAGCGGUGGCGGCCCUGAUGGACAGGCACGGCGUCCUGUGGACCCUGGUCGUGUCACGCUGGUUCAUCUGCCUGUUCGUGGACGUCCUGCCCGUGGAGACGGUGCUCCGGAUCUGGGACUGUCUGUUCAGCGAAGGCUCGAAGAUUCUCUUCCGGGUGGCCCUGACCCUGAUCAAGCACCACCAGGCCUUUAUUUUGGAAGCCAGCAGUGUGGCAGACACCUGCGAGCGGUUCAAGGAGAUCACCAGAGGCAGCUUUGUGACCGAGUGCCACACCUUCAUGCAGAAAAUAUUUUCAGAGCCCGGGAGCUUGUCCAUGGCCACCAUCACCAAGCUUCGCGAGAGCUGCAGGGCCAGGCUGCUGGCGCAGGGCUGACCAGGACCCCUGUCCGCUGUCACCCCCGAGGCUUCAUUUCCAGAGCUGACGUUUCCUGCUGUUCGGUGCCGGAGUACUUGACGUCUGUACACUUCGUUGUGAAUGUUUUUCAAGACCGAUUUAAAAUUAUGUCCUCUGUAACUCAAUUAUGGGCUAUGAAGUCAUGGAUUUCUAGAAAUGUAUUUUUACUUGAGAUCUUGACCUAUAAAAUGUGAGAUGUGCAUAUUUAAUAAAGCACGUGAACACCUCCGAGUUUGUGACCAUCAGCUCACCGGCUGAUUGAAAAUGAAGACCAAACCCGCAAACUGUCACUAGUGUUAACGCCAAAUCCCUUCCUUUCUGUGCCACCGCAUCUACGUGAGGUCUGUGCACACAGCACGUGAUUUCUCUUUAGAAAGGUAAUUUUUAAAAACUGAUUUUUGAAAUUAUUGUAUUACAUAAAGCAGACAGAGGUGUGUAAGCUUUAGGGAAUGGCAGAGUCUGACUUGGGCCCACGAGUGCUCACGCAGCCACUGUCACCCUGGAUCCCUGGAGGGAGAAGCCCCAGUGAGACCCCCUCUUCCUAACCCUGACCCUGUCUCCCGGCCCUGACGGUGGCGCUGCUGCUGGCUGCUGAGAAAUCCCACUGCCUGGGCAGGCUGAGCCCUGCAUGGGGCAGGUGGGGACCUAGAACAGUGUCACCUGUUGAACACCGUGGGCAGUGGCUGGUACCCCUCAAGGUACCUGGGCGACUUCUAGCCCAGCCGCGGAGGCGCCUCCCUUCCCCCACGGUCCCAGAGGAUGCCGGCCUGGGACCGAACUUCCCACACAGAUGCGCUCAUCAGGAGGAAGUGGUGGCGUGGGCGGGUUGCCAGAGCUUGGGGAGUCCCCGAGGCUGCCCCCACGGGGCAGUCAAGUGUGGGGUCACUUGUGUGGGGGUGGCGGUUGCCCAGCGAGGCCGGACACACACCGGCCGUGGGGCCCCAAGCCGCGCUCCUUGGCCGGCAGCUCCAGGUGGGAGCGUCGGGGACACCCGGGCCCCAGGGCUCCCGGCAGGCAGGCUGGCUUCAGCCUCACCAGCAAGGUGCACAGAUCCCCGAAAGGCACAGGUCUUUGCUUAAAAAGCAAAGAGGACAAUAAACCUGAGGCCCAGCUCGUGCUCCGAAAGCUCUGAGCGCCCUGCUGGCCGCCUGUGCUUUGCAGUGGGGCCACAGGGCUCCAGGUCGGUGCCCACAGGGGAGCCCCCACGGCCCUCCUCCCACUGGCGGGGGCUGUUCGGUCACCACUGAGGACCUACCUCCAGACACAACUCCUGUCAGUCCUCCAAGUUACCACCCAGAAGACCUACCGCGACACCAGCUCUCUCAAACGCUGGGGGACAGACGCCUGCCGCCUACCGUGUGUCCCACUGAGACCUCUGGCGGGAGCGGACAGAAGCACAGAGUCCAGACAGAGAAAGAAAGAGAUGUUUUAUUAGCAUUUGUUACAGCAACGCGUGACGUGAAGGGUCGUCCGUGCACAGCCACCCGAGCGGCAAGCGGGUAGCGCAGAGCGUGACACCCAGUAUUUACACGAGUGCAGAACAGGAUCACCCCGAACCUCAAACAGAAGACUGAAAGUCACUUUACAAAAAGGUAAAUAAAAAUAACACCCAUUUAUCUAUUUAAAAAAAGUGCCAGCUCUUGAGUGGCAGAGCGCGGAGAGGACAGAAGGGCCUGAUGCCGCGGGGGCGCCGGUGCCCUAGUACCGAGCUGUGCGCCGCGGGGGCCGGGCCCGUCCUGGCUUCUAAAGCUUCAUUUAAGCGUUCCAGAUUUUCACCUUUUGGAGUACUUCUGUUUCUAGAUCUUCUGAAGCACAAGCCUAACAAGUAGCCAGCCCUCCUCAGCCCUAAGACCAGGGAGCACCUCACCUUGGCGAGGCUUCAACCUCAGUCAGGAACGAAGAAGCCAACAGCAGAAUCUUAAAGAGCCAAGUAAUAGUGGAGCCGGUGCCCAUGUAGGGAAGCACUCCUCCCUCCCACCUGAAAGUUCUACUUUGGUAAAUAUUAACGUUUUAACCAUUAGCAAAAUAUUUAACCCAGUUAGCAAAAUUAACACCGUCAUUUCAAUACUCUUGUGCAUAGUAAAUGUUGCAAGAUGAACUUCACAUCGGAUAAAGCAGAUCUGAAAAUCAGUUUGCAAGAAAGCGUGCCGCCCUCCACGCCAACCUAAGCUCAGGGGACGAGUGGAGGCCCGGAGGUGGCGGCCGGCCCCAGCUGUGGCGGCCCUGCUAGAUCGUCUGGUAGCCCGCGUGGCUCCUCUUCCUGCCGAUGAGGUAGGCAAUGAGGACGAUGAGGACCAGCCCCGCCAGGGCGCCGCCCACGGCAAUGGGGAUCAGCAUGCUGUUCUCAUCCAGCUGGCACUCCUCCACUAGGAGACACGGGGCAGGGGGCCAUGCUCGCGGCCACGGUCCCCACGAGACCUCACACGGGCUCUCCCCCCCUCCCCCCAGCCUGGCUCGGUUCUAAUCAA